GGCUAAAGUCUAAACCCGCCACCCACCCAUUGAGCAGAACCAAUGGUAUAGACAUGGUUGAACACAGCCGAAGCCAGAAGGAACUGAGAAAUGCUUAUGAUCAAAAUAGAUGAACUGGCUAAACUGAAAAUGGACUUAAUUCUCCAAUUAUCAUCCUCCUCUUUCCUCACGAGGACCAGGAAUCACAGAGCUAAAUGCUUGAAUCUCUUCGCCAAAUCGCAAGACCCAUCUUCAGCUCAGUCUACAGAAGACGCUGCAUCAUCCACGGAGGUAUCGCCGCUGAAGAAGCUUGGCGGAGCCGGCCUAGGUUUCGGCCCCUCAACUUCCAAGAGAAAGCAGAAGGGAAAGAGAGAGACGACCCCCGUAAUUCGCCGAAACCCCAUUGAAAAGCCCAAAUUCGAUUCGCAGCCGGCCAAAGCCCAGCCCCAGGAACCCAAGGGAAAUGAGAGCGCUUUCAUUCUCGCUUGGUUAGGACUUGGCGCAAUCAUUAUUGUGGAGGGUAUUGUUCUUUCUGCUUCAGGGUUUCUACCAGAGCAGUGGGAUAAUUUCUUUGUGAAGUAUCUUUACCCAUCCUUCACUCCUACGGUGGUAUUGUUUGUAGCCGGUACAGUCACUUAUGGAGUAUUGAAGUAUCUAGAGAAUGAAAAACUCAAGAGUGAAAAAUGAAUCUUCCUUAUUUUUCAUAAAAUCUAAUAACUUAGAGUUUCUGCAUUGAAUGUGAAGAGCAUUCUAGCUAGUUUGCCCAGGCAGGCAAUUGUCAUGUAUUGCCUCCCAACUGUAAGUGCGCAAAAAGUAUAUUUAUCUUUUUCCUCAAUAUAGAUGAACAUAAAUAUGAUUGAUCAAGUUAACA